GUCGAUCUUCAUCUCAAAAUGAGUGACGCACUAGAUCAAGCUCUAAGCAAGCUGCUAGAAGAAUAUCCACUGUCUAGUUGUUCAUCAAACGGAGGUGUCUGCACCUCCUGCGGCCUCGAGAUUCUUAUUAACGAGGAAGCUCCCAUAUUGGCCGGAGAUGACGACGCAAAUGAUCAAGAUGAUGUUGUCCAGGAGCGAAGAGACAGUGACUUGGUUAGCCCCUUGGAAAAUGUGGUCAAAAUGAUCACUUCUGCUGAUGAUCAUGAGAAUCGUAAGAUCAGCGACGUCUCCAAUGUUGCUGAUCAAGAAUCAGUGUUGAUUGGAGCAAUUGUAGCUAAGGUGCUUGGUGGUGUGAGAUACGUUGGCCAGGUUACAGGUUAUGAGGCUGAAACUGGACGGUUCAAGAUCAUAUAUGAAAAUAAUUACGAGGAGAGUGUGGAGAAGGAAGAAUUGCUUCAAAUGUUUGCCUCCCAGGAUCUAGUUCGCACCUAUUAUAAUCGUGUAGCAACUGGUGGUAAACCGAGAAAAACUCGAAGGAGAAAGAAGGCUGCAAAGGCUAGGCAGGACAAAACCGACUAUAUCCCAGCCAAAAGGGUCCCAAGAGCAGAAAAGGAAAGCACGUACAUUCCCCUGGCAUUCCGGGAGACGAGGAAGGAUGCCUACUAUUGGUACUACUUCUAGUUAUAAGGUUUAAGGAUGGAGUAAAUCAAGGAGCUGGCAAACGAGGGAUAUUGAAUACAUACUGGAAAGUUUAACUUCAGAUCCAUGGCUAAUACAUCUCUUAUUAUUUAUCUACCUUAAUUUAUUCAGUACUCCUUAUCUCGAUCGUUCGU